AUGCGAGUCCUCGCCAAACGACUCUCGCGAGCUCUCUACUGCGCUGAGUCUUCUUCACCAUCAUCAUCUCCUUCAGUCACUCCUCGUCAUGGCUCGCUGAUCUUAAAAACUCUCACUACUUGUAGCAAAUCUCAGCAGUCAAUUAAAGCCGCCGACCAAGCAGUGCGAGGCGUUCUCGCCACUCCGUGGUCCGCGACGCAGCUCCGUGGAGCCAAAUUGCGCGGCGCCGAUGUGAGACCAGGAAAUGUAGUUGAAAGAAAAGAUUCAAGCAGAGACACUAAUAGUAGCAGAGAGCUGAACGGCCGAGAUUCUAGGUGGAUGCUAUUCAUUGUCCCCAUCAUUGAGAAGGUUCCUGGUGCCUUGGAGAUUGACGUUGUUGGCCAUGAUCUCAGGGUCUGA